AUGUCAAAAACCGCCAUCGUCACCGUCAGCUACGGCGUUACUGGCGGCACCGCGACGCCCGGCGCCGACUUUGGUGCCGUCGGCGGGUCACUCACCUUUGCCCCGGGUGAGACCAGCAAGACCGUCACCGUGCCCGUCACCGGUGACUCAGCGUUCGAGCCGGAUGAGUCGAUCGUUAUCGGGCUGUCUAACCCGACAGGCGGCGCGGCGCUGGGGACGCCGGCGGCGGCGACAGUAACCAUCACUAAUGACGACGCACCGCGCGCCCAGAUCAACACCGUCAUGACUCGCCUCAGCGUCGUCACCGGCGGCGCCGCCUGCGGCGGCCGCUGGACUGCGACGCCGCUCAAGCCCGCCGGCUGGGCGGCCGGCGGCAAGACCAUCGGCGCGUGCACCCAGUCCGCGGCCCUCAAGCCGACGCUCAAGGGCGUCACCUUCAUCGAUGACGUCACCGUCGCCGCGGCGACCAGGAGCGGCUCGAAGCGCGCGAGCGUCGGCUGCCCCCGCGGCUACUCCAAGGUCAGCAAGAGCCUCGUCGACGGCGCCGCGCCGUUUGGCGGCGCGACGGCGGCGGUGCACCUGUGCUUCCGCACCGCCGCAAACGCGGCGGCGACCGAGCCGCUCGUGGGGAUUCGAGCGGCCGCCUCGCCCGCCUCGUGCGACGCGGCCGAUGGCUGGCGGGCCGCGCUGUUCGCCUCCACGACGGGCGGAAGGGCGGGGCAGGCGGCGGAUCUCAACGCGGGCACGGGGGCGGCGGCGCCGAUGUACCUCUGCCUGCAGCAGCGCACGGCGCCGGCGGCGGCGGCCGCCGCGGGGCGGCGGUGA